AUGGUGGCUUGGGGCUGGAGAAAUUUCUUCAAUGAUGUGGGGUGCAAAAUGAUCUUCUAUCUUUACCGAGUGUGCAGGGGUGUGUCGAUCGGUAGCACUUGCUCCCUGAGCAUCUUCAUUGCUGUCAGCAUCAGACAGGGGGACUCCAGGUGGGCAGGGCUGAGGUGGCGAGCCCACAAGCACAUUGCCUCAAAUGUCUAUCUCAGCUGGGGGGUCUUCCUCUUGGUGAGCAUUGUUUUUCUCAUGUACAUGACCGGACCCAAAGCACGCUACAACAUGACAAGCUUAAACGCCUAUGGAUACUGUUCUUCCGUGAUUCACGACCCUGCUGCUGAUGUGCUGUAUGUGGCCAUGCUCUCGGUGCCUGAUGUUCUCUGUCUGGGGCUCAUGCUCUGGGCCAGCACCUCCACGCUCUUUGUUCUGUACAGACACAAACAGAGAAUGGGACAUAUGCAGAGGACCAGUGUCUCCACCAGAGCAUUUCUCGAGUCCAGAGCUACCAUAACCAUCUUCCUACUGGUGAUUACUUUUGUCUCCUUUUACACCAUGUCCUGCAUCUAUCAGAUUUCCUUGUCUGUGAUUUACAACCCCAGCCCUGUGUUGCACCAUAUAGGGGUGUUUGCUAUGAGCUGUUUCCCAUCCCUCAGCCCUUUCCUGCUCAUGAGCGGACAUUCCACUUCCUGUAGCCUCUUCUUCACCUGCACAAAGAAGAAGAAAGUGGUCCUCCCCUGA